AUGAAUCCACCACAAGCAAUCUUUAUGCUCUUCUUCUCCAUCUUCUUCUUAGAUUAUGUCUCUGCUCAAUCUCCUCCUCCUCCUCCUCCUCGGUACACGGCCAACGACCUUUUUCAGCCAAGCUUAGCCAUCAUCACCGGAGUUUUCUCCAUCGUUUUCACACUCACCUUCGUUCUCCUCAUCUACGCCAAAUGCUUCCACAACGAUCUCCGUUCAGAGACCUACGAAGACGGGGACAUAGGACGACUAGAUCGUCUAUGGCAAGGACUCUUUAGUCAAUCUUCUCGAUUAUCAGGCCUCGACAAAACAGCAAUUGAAUCUCUUCCCUUUUUCAGAUUCUCUGCUUUGAAAGGAUCGAAACAAGGUCUUGAAUGUUCUGUUUGUCUGUCUAAAUUCGAAGAUGUUGAGAUUCUUAGGCUUUUGCCAAAAUGCAAACACGCUUUUCACAUCGAGUGUAUUGAUGAGUGGCUUGAGCAGCACGCUACGUGUCCUUUGUGUAGAAACAGAGUCUCCAUCGAAGACGAGCUCUCUGUUUUGAGUUGUAGUAACAACAGUUUGAGAAUCAUGAGUCAGUUAUCUGAGACAAGAGAAGAAGAACCGAGCAUGGAGAUUCAUAUCGAACGCGAAGAAGGGAUCAAAGAUGGGUCUUCGAGAUUCAGCAGCUUCCGGAAGAUACUCAAGUUUGGUAAAAAUGAUAACUCAUUGUCGCUUGGGGAAGAAGGAAACGAGAAACGUAUGCACAAGUUCAAUCACAGGAUUGUUGUUUCAGAUGCUGUUUUUAAGAACCGUUGGAGUAAUGUGACUCCUUCAGAUUUUACAUUUUUGACAUCGGGCAUGUUGAGUUCGUUGUCUAGUGACAGAUUCUCGUCCAUUGGCCGAGUGCAGAGAGGUAACUUGCGUAACGAGGAAGAGAUCGACAUGAAGAAAAUGGUGAACAACAAAGACUCGACGAGAAGAGCAGUUUCUGAGAUCACGGCUGUUCCUAGAUUAAAUGUUCGUCAAGUAACAAGGGAGACUAGAGAAAGCGCGGUUGGUGGAAGCAACAGCGGUUUGGCCGCUUCUACCGCUUCCACGUCGAGGAGUGAUGUGAUUGCUGCAAUGGAGGAAAGAAGAAGAAGGUUGUGGUUGCCGAUUGCUAGAAACACAGCGCAGUGGUUCGCUAACAGAGAGAAAAGAAAUGAACUAAAAACGACAGGACAAGAUCUUAACGUUUAGUUUUUUUUUUCUUUUAAAAAAGGUUAUUGAAAAUUUGCAGUUAUUUUUACAGAGAAAGCUAAGUGUGCUGAAUACGAUUAGGUCAAAUGCUUGGUGUUUAUGUCUUUGUGUAACCUACCUACAUUGUGGAUUGAUUAUGAACAAAGAUUUGAUCAGACAAAAGUGUAUCAGUAAGUUUUGCCACAUCAAAAUUUAGUGGUGAUACACAUUUGUCUGACCAAAUAUUUGUGUAGAU